GCGCCAUCUCGGAGACUAGUUUGACCCUCGGACGGCCGCCGUAGCGCGUCGCCUCCGUUGCCGUGGGAAACGACCCGGGACCUGGGUGGGAGAAAAGACGUUUCCCGCCGGCGGGAGCUGCGCUUGUGGCGGCAAGGGGAGCUCUGAGGCGGCAGGGAUUGGCGUCGCAGCACCAUGGCGGACCAGCUUUAUCUGGAAAAUAUAGACGAGUUCGUCACGGACCAGAACAAGAUCGUGACAUACAAAUGGCUGAGCUAUACACUAGGGGUUCACGUCAACCAGGCCAAACAGAUGCUGUAUGAUUAUGUUGAAAGGAAGCGAAAGGAAAAUUCAGGAGCCCAACUGCAUGUCACCUAUUUAGUGUCUGGCAGUCUCAUUCAGAAUGGACAUUCCUGCCACAAGGUUGCAGUAGUGAGAGAAGAUAAAUUGGAAGCAGUGAAGUCCAAGCUAGCUGUGACUGCCAGCAUCCAUGUGUACAGCAUCCAGAAAGCCAUGCUAAAGGACAGUGGGCCUCUGUUCAAUACCGACUAUGACAUCCUUAAAAGCAACUUGCAGAACUGCAGCAAGUUUAGUGCCAUACAGUGUGCAGCUGCAGUUCCUAGAGCUCCUGCUGAAUCCUCAUCUUCCGAAAAGUUUGAGCAGUCAGAUCUUCAGGUGUCAAGUGAGACACAAGCCAAUAAUGAGUUGACCACCAAUGGUCAUGGCCCACCUACCUCCAAACAGAUUUCCCAGCAGCCCAAAGGAAUUAUGGGAAUGUUUGCCUCUAAAGCUGCUUCUAAAAUCCAUGAUGCCAACAAGGAAACCAAAACAGAGGCUAAAGAGGUAACAAAUGUAUCUUCGGCAGGCAACAAGGCACCAGGGAAAGGGAAUGUGAUGAGCAAUUUUUUUGGAAAAGCUGCUAUGAGUAAACUUAAAGUCAAUUUGGAUUCAGAACAAGCAGUGAAAGAAGAAAAAUUAGUGGAGCAACCUCCAGUGUCUGUCACUGAACCAAAGCUGGCAGCCCCUGCAGGCCUGAAGAAAUCCAGCAAAAAAGCAGAGCCUGUUAAGAUGCAGCAGAAGGAAAAAAAAAGGGGGAAGCAAGUCGAGUUAUCUGAUGAUGAGACAAAAGAAACUGAAAACAUAAAGAAAAAGAGGAGAAGAAUCCAACUUCCUGAGUCUGAUAGCAGUGAGGAUGAAGUCAUGCCAGACUCUCCUGGGGCUUAUGAAGCUGAGUCACCAUCCCCACCUCCCGCUGCUUCUCCAUCUCCUGAACCAGUGCCGAAGACUGAGCCAGAGCCUCCUUCUGUCAAGAGCUCAAAUGGAGAAAACAAAAGAAAACGAAAGCGUGUGCUGAAAUCUAGAACCUUUGUGGAUGAGGAAGGCUGCAUGGUGACUGAAAAAGUCUACGAAAGUGAAUCCUGCACAGAUAGUGAAGAGGAGCUUCAGAUGAAGACAUCCUCUGUACACAGACACCCUGCCAUGACUGUGAAAAAAGAACCCAAAGAGGAACGAAAGGGCCCAAAGAAAGGGACUGCUGCUCUGGGCAAGGCCAACAGACAACCAUCCAUUACUGGCUUCUUCCAGAAGAAGUGACCUGCCAUCUCUGUUGGGUCAGAGAUAUGGAGUGGUCAAAGGAGAAGACCGAGACAUAUAGACUCUCACUUACUGUGUAAGUUCAUCCAGCGCCUCACCUCGCCUGCAUCAAGAGACUGUUCUUCCAUCCUUUACGGUUUACACUGCUUCUGGUUUUUAACCAAAAGGAAAUCACCUGGAAGCAAGAGGCAAAAGAAUAUUUAAAAAGAUGUUACCUUCUAAUGACAUUUUUUAAGCACAAUCUUUGACCUGCCCAGGAGAAGAAUUCACUCCGAAAAUAAAUUGGAACAGGUUUCAGAAUUAUCACUGAAGCCAUUUAGUGACUAAUCCACUGCACUCUACCUGCCCUAUGCCCUGAUCUGUUUAUGGCUCAGGAAGUAUUCCUCCUUGUUCCUUUGUCUUCUGUAGACUUGUGUGGGUAUUUUUUCAUCCUGGAAUUCUACUAGAUGUGUUUACCACUCUCCCUAUCAUCCCUUCCCCACUACCACACUUCUGUGUGAAGCCGUUUUCUAUAAGUCUUUUAAAUCUUGGUUGGACUAAAGGCUGAAACA